AUGUCGAUUGUCGUUCGGGUAGCCCUGAUAAGUGGAAGCGAAGCAGAGAUCGAGGUGGCGCCAGCGUGUUCCAUAGACGAGCUCCGACGUGAAGCCCAACGCCGGCUAGGUGUCGGGCGAGGGAAGUUGUUGAGCCCGUCUGGACGGUAUUUUCCAGACGGCGACAUAACAGUUGCCCAGGCUGAAUUAAGUCACGGCGAUCUUUUGAGCUUACACAGAGAGCCAUUGAGAUUGGCCUCAACGGUCCAUGCAUUUGCCGCAAUUCUGGGCGAUGGCACCGUCGUCACCUGGGGUCACGAUGCUCAUGGCGGCAGCAGCACAGCUGUGCGACCGGAGCUUAAACAUGUGAAGCAGGUUCAGGCUACCGGCUCCGCCUUUGCAGCGCUCUUGGCCGACGGCUCCGUUCUUGCCUGGGGGAAUCCUGAGUGUGGUGGUGACUGCAGUUCUGUUCAGGAGCGGCUCGUAAAUGUCAAGCGAAUCGAAGCUGGCUUCCACGCUUUCGUAGCAAUCUUAGAUACGGGAUCUGUGGUGACCUGGGGCGAUGCUGCCUUUGGUGGGCAGUGUUCAGAAGUUCAUGAGCAGCUGCAGGGUGUACAGCAAGUUUCGUGCACAGGUUAUGCUUUCGCUGCCAUUUUGGACAAUGGCUCUGUUGUGACAUGGGGCCACCCUGCACACGGAGGUGACAGCCGUGCCGCACAGCACCUGUUGAAGAACGUGCAGCAAAUUAAGGGUACGAUGUCGUCGUUUGCUGCAGUCCUGGACGAUGGAUCUGUCAUACAAUGGGGUCCGCCAGCAUAUGGGGCGAAAGCCGUCCAGGUGCCAGUCGAGAAUGUACAGCGGCUCGAAGCUGGUUUCCACGAGUUCGUCGCGAUUUUACAAGAUGCCUCGCUUGUGACUUGGGGCCACGACCCCUGGGCUGAUGGCAUCACUGUCCUCCCGUUCAAGAAUGUGCAACAUGUCCAGGUCACCGAUACUGCAUUUGCCGCCCUUUUGACCGACGGAACUGUCGCGUCGUGGGGAGAUGCCGACUCUGGUGGUGACAGUGAUGCUGUCCAAGAGCAGCUUCACGAUGUCAGAUGCCUCGAGUCAUCUGGAGGAGCCUUUGCUGCACUCCUCGAAGAUGGAGCUGUUGUGACAUGGGGUGACCGUCAGCGGGGCGGAAACAGCAGUUCCGUGCAAGCACAACUGAAAAACACUCGGGCAAUAUAUGCCAAUGGUUAUGCCUUUGCAGCUAUUGUGCAGAACGGACCAGUCGAGUCUGUUGUGACUUGGGGCAAUGCGUUCUAUGGUGGCGACAGCACGUACGUCCAAGCGCAACUGAGUCUUUGA